AAAAAAGCCCCAUUUCUUUAAAAAAAUAAAAUACUCUAUCUAAUACCCCAAACCAAAAGAAAAGAAUUCAAGAAAAGAGCAGAAGGCCAUCUGACGUAGUACCAUCUUUUGGCUGUAUGUCAGCCAGUCAUACUCACUUACGGGUAUCUGAUACCACUCCCAAAAGGAGGAGAGGAAGAGAUAAUUUGAUGGAAGAAAGAGUAAAGGGCUGCACGUUAGUUUAUCUGAAUCUAUCUUGUUGGUUGUUUUCCGUUUGUUUUAGUUGAGAAAGUUAAUUGCUCUGGUGGGUUUGUCCCGGAGCUUGAAAAUUGAAAUUAUAGUAUCAUUAAGACUGAGGAUCCAAUCAAAGUCUGUAAGACUAUGGAGCCCCCUAAGGGGUUCUUGGCUUCAGUUUGGAAUUUCAUCUGCUUCUUGCCUUACUUUCUUGGCCUUCUCAUCCUUGGUUUUAUUAAAGGUUCGUGCUUUCCUUGAAAUGACUCCUUUGGACUUAAUUUCACUGUCUGAUUGUCUGUUAUGUUGGUUUGUUUCUGUUGUCCCUUUUCCUGAUUAUCCAAUUCCGGAUUUGUAUCUAAAGAAAAAUGGAAAAAGAACGGCGUGAUAAUGUUGCCACCUGCGAUUCCCUUUACUUGUUUCAAUUGUUGCAUGAUAUAAUCUCUUCUUGUAUCCCUUCUUCUGUGUUUAUGUCAAUUUGCAACUAUAUAUACGAACACCAAGCAGAGAAGGCACUUCAAUCCUCAGUAAUCGUUGAUUGGUUUAAGAGCAUUUUUUAAGACUUACUAGUUUCUAAUCUCUUAUACUAUGGACUGCAAGAAUUCAUACUUGUUCUCCUCAGAUCUGGUCUUGAUUUGCCCCGUAAGCAAUUGCAUGGUCUUUCUUUUUGGGCACUUCAUAUGCAUUUUACUUUCUUCCGCAAUUUGGAUAUUGUCUUCUGACAUUAGGCCUGUUUUCUCAGGUGUUAUAUUGUGCCCUUUGAUAUGCCUUAUCAUAUCCGUUGGAAACUCUGCUGUUAUAUUGGGCCUUUGGCCAGUGCACCUUUUCUAUACGCUUUACUGCAUAUUGAGUACAAAAAAACUAGGCCCGGUUCUAAAGCUUGUAUCCUGCCUGCUUGUUAUUGCCCUGUUAAUCAUCUGGCCAGCUGUGGGGAUCGUAAGCAGCAUUUUAGGAGGCGCCGCAUAUGGAUUUUUUGCACCAAUGAUGGGCACUUUUCAAGCUGUUGGUGAAGGGAAGACUAAUCAGUUCUUUCACUGCAUCUACGAUGGAACUUGGGAUACUAUUAAGGGAAGCUUCAAUGUUGUCAGGGAUUUUCUGGAUGUAUGUAAUCACUCUUACUUUUCAAUUAUGGAUGAGUUGAGACUUCAGGGUCUCUCUGGUGGAAAGUACUAUGAAAUCAGGUUAGUUUAAUCGGGUUCACAUUUUUAUACUUAAAUGUAUCCCUAAUUGAACCUCCAAUGUAUCCAAAUGCUAAUCCUUAUCUUCAACUUAUGUCAUUUAGUUUGAUGUUUUGCCAACGAGUGAAGUUGUCAUUUUUAUAGUUGAAAUAUAGAAUGCAAGUGUGAGGUUAGCGUAUCUACAAAAUUCAUAACGCAAUUAUACUGAGUCCUGUCUAUCUGAGGAGCUAGUGUCACCAUGCCCUACUUUGUAGAAUUGUUGCCCUUCAGAAUUCUGGAAAAGAUGGCAUUCUAGUAAUCACGAUUACUACUGAGGAAGUACUCUCUUCUUGUCAUACUUUCAUUUCUAUUGUUUUAAGUUGACUACUCUUUUAAGUUUGAAUCAGAAGUGUCUGCCUUGUUUUUGUCCUAUGUUGACAUUUUGACUCAUCUUUCGCCCUUCUAGCUAUGUUAUGCUUCUUCUAAUGAUGCGGGGCCGGUAUUGUAGAUUGCUUUACCUUCCUGGAGCUUGUAUUGCUGGAGUGCUGGGGUUUCUCGUAGACAUGCCUGUUAUCUCCUUUAUUGCCCUUUGCAAAUCCCCUUACAUGCUGUUUAAGGGGUGGCAUCGUUUAUUUCAUGACUGUAUUGGCCGGGAAGGCCCCUUCUUGGAGACAAUAUGUGUGCCAUUUGCUGGUCUUGCAAUCUUGCUUUGGCCUUUGGCUGUUGUUGGUGCAGUGUUGGGCUCCAUCGUAUCCAGCAUUUUCCUGGGCGCUUACGCGGCAGUUGUUGCGUAUCAGGAGUCAUCUUUCUGGCUAGGCCUUUGCUACAUUGCCGCCUCUUUGUCCAUUUAUGAUGAAUACAGCAAUGAUAUCCUUGACAUGCCUGAAGGCUCCUGCUUUCCCAGGCCUGCAUAUAGAAAGAAGGCUGCAUCAGUUACAAGUUCUCGUACGCCCUCUUUCUCAAGGCCCCAGUCUUUCAAAAAACCACCUUCUCGCACUUCGUCAUUAAAUGCCCCAAUGGUUGAGUUGAAGUCCCUUGAGUUGCUCGAUUCCUUGUUCAAGGAGUGUAGAUACUAUGGGGAAAUUAUGGUCUCUGAAGGCAUAAUAACAUUGAAAGAUAUUGAAGAUGCCAAAUCUAAUAAAGAUACUGGCAAAGUAAUAAGAGUUGGCUUACCUGCUUACUGCAUACUUCAAGGACUAAUUCGCUCUGCAAAAGCUAAUUCUGCUGGGAUAUUGCUAAAUGAUAAUGUGACUGAAAUAACUAGUACAAAUCGCCCAAAAGAUCUUGUCUUCGAUUGGUUUUUGAAUCCACUGUUGAUAAUGAAAGAUCAGAUCAAAGCAGAAAACCUAUCCGAUGCUGAAGAGCAGUACCUUGGUAAGUUGGUACUGCUUAGUGGUGAUCCCGAGAGAUUGAGAAGAUCUGAUAUUGGCUCACCUCCAGAGUCUGAGCAGAGACGCGCCGAACUUGAUGCAUUAGCAAGAAGGCUUCAAGGGAUCACCAGAUCAUUGUCCAGAUAUCCCACAUUUAAGCGCCGUUUUGAUAGUAGUAUGGAAAUUGUCAUAGAAGCUCUUGCCAAAAACAAUGGUGACAGUGACAGUGGUACUGGACCUCGUGCAGUUCCCAGGUCAAGGAGCAUGUUUGCCCGUAUAUUUAGUCAAAAAUCUUUUAAAAUCAGGACCAGUAACCAUGGAUCUGAUCUGGAGGCACAACCAUCGGUCGAUAGAGAUGUUGAUAUCAUAUGAGAAGACAGAGUCACGGCUCAUUAGUGUGUGAAAUUUUGAGGAUUUAGAGUAGAAUGAUUAGGUGUUCAUCCUGGCUCAAGUGUACGAGUUGUGGCUUGUAUAACAGUGUUCUUGUAAUUCUGUCCUCUCAACAUUUUGAGAUUCCCCGCUAAGUCGCUAACCACCGACAUGUUAGAUCAACUUUUCAAAUAUAAUUUUUCCAAUUGCAAAGGAGGAUUUCCCAGACCAAAAAGGCAAAAUGACAAUCACUUUCUUUUUAGGUGACCAAAUAUCAUCAGCCUAAAGUCUUGAAGAAAUUGCACCGCUCAGGCGACAAAAUGGCUUAACUUGCAGUGCGUUUUUAGAUUAACCAUAACGUGACUCAAGCCAAUGUUGAAAUUGGAAACUUUUUGUCCCCCCGGUAUUUCAUU